GUGUGUCAGUGUCACACUCGCCCAAGCUUGAAAACAGACGACCGCCACGAACAAGUUUAUUGAAUCAGUUAAUUUUCUAUGAAUAUUUAUGUAUUAUAACAGUUAUUUUAAUUAAUCUAAUCAGUACUAUAUAGAACUGCAAACCGAAACAUCAUUACUGUAAACAGAAAUCGAACAUUAUCAACCUUGCAUCAUCAUGCCUCUAUUCAGUGGAAGAUGUUUGAGCACAGCCAAGCUGGUCGGCAAGACUGCGCUUGUCACUGGCUGUAACACAGGCAUAGGGAAGGAGACAGUCUUAGAUUUUUACAAAAGAGGUGCCAAGGUGAUAAUGGCGUGUCGCAGUUUAGAAAGGGCGGAAGAGGCGAAAACCGACAUAGAAACCCGCUGCAAAGAUUUACCAGAUACUGGCAAGAUAGUUCUAGUGAAAUGCGACCUUACCUCCUUGAAGUCCGUUCGAGAGUUCGCACAGAAUGUUCUAGAUACGGAACCACAGAUUAAUAUUCUUGUGAACAAUGCGGGAGUGAUGAUGUGCCCAAAGAGUGAGACCGAAGAUGGGUUUGAGAUGCAGCUGGGAACAAAUCAUUUAGCACAUUUCUUAUUGACCAUGCUUCUGUUGCCGCGAAUCAGGAACAGUACGCCUGCAAGAAUUGUUACUGUUUCUUCUAAGGCCCAUACCAGGUAUGGCAUCAAUUUCGAUGAUUUAAACUACAAGUCCCGAAAUUAUAAUGCCGCCGAGGCGUACUCGCAAAGCAAGCUGGCUAACGUAUUAUUCUCCCGAGAGUUAGCAGCGAAACUAAAGGAACACAACAUAGAAGGCAUAAACACAUACAGCCUACACCCAGGCGUCAUAAAAACUGAACUCGGCCGUCAUUUGAACGAGACUCUUUUCUGGGGAGCGCGACAGAUCAUCGGCUUCGUACUGGCACCUUUCAUAAAGUCGCCGGAACUGGGCGCGCAGACGACAAUAUACUGCGCGGUCGACGAGAAAUGUGCGAAAGAGACUGGCUUGUAUUAUAGUGAUUGUGCAGUAACCAGUCCGGCUCCGAAAGGCUUGAACGACGAAUACGCUAAGAAGUUAUGGGAAAAGUCUGUGGAGUUAGUGAAACUUGGCGACUUCAAUCCUUUCACAGCUGCUGAUCCCGGCGUCAAGACUGUGUAACUAGCAUCUUUAGAAUAUAGACUUUAACCAAAGAAGUCUAAUCCAACCCUUGUCGGAUCAUAAAUAAAUAAUUUGCGUGUUUCAUGA